AUGGAUGUGUGUAAGCCCCCUCUCUCCCCUUGGGGCCGUGUAGUGUGUAUGGAGCAGUGUGAGAGCGCAGCGGCUCUGCUGGAGUCGGUCAGGGAGCAGGAGGUGCAGUUUGAACAGCUGACCCGGGCGCUGGAGGAGGAGAGGAGGAGAGUGGGCCUCCCCGCCACGAGCCCUUCGGCCCUGGGUCGCCCCCUCCCUCACACACAGAACGGGCGAUUAGGGGAUGCAGACAUAGAACGGCUGAAACUAACUGACUCAUACAUAAACGGCACACAGUACAGAAUGGUGGACCCAGCACACGGCGCUCUAGAUGAGAGCUACACACCAGAGGAUGACUCCCAGGAAGUGCACUCAGUCUUCUCUGAAGAGGGAACCACACGAAGGGCAGACAAUGGCAUGAAGAAACCAGUCUCACGCACAGUCCUGCCCUCUGACUCCAUGUCCAUUGACGGUGGCUUGUCAGUGUCCGGUAUGGGCGGCUACAGUGCCACACUGGACCGUCCGUACAGACAGGCUGUACCAGCAGAUUACCCCACCGCCACAGUGCCAAGAAACUACCACUAUGGCCCCGUAGGGGGUUAUGAUGAGUACCGGGCAGGCCCGCCGUCAGAGGCGUACACCAGCCUGAGCAGGGGCUCGCACAUGGAUGACCGCUACAGGCCAGUCGAUGGCUACAGGACCCUGGACUCUGGCUACCGGGCCCCAAGCCGUCAGCAGCUUGACCCGUACGCAGCACAGCCUCAGGUGAGUCGAGGAAUGAGGGCCUUGGGCUCAGCCUUGGAAAUGCGGUAUGGUCACGCCGCCUACGGUCUGGAGGAUGACCAGCGCAGUGUGGGAUAUGAUGACUACGGCAUGGGGCCUCCACCCAUGCACCCUGGUGGCUACGGUACCAUGCCACGCCUGGGCCCCGGCCCUGCGGGUAUGGACAGACGGAGACUCAGGAGCUGUGAGGACACUUUGGAUGGUGAUGUGGGAGGAGUUGACCCUUAUGCCUGGGGCGUUCCCAUGAUGGAGAGGGGGAGCAUGGCUUCCCUGGACAGUACACUGAGGAAGGCUCCUCCCACUUCAUGGAGACAGCCGGAGCUGCCAGAGGUCAUCGCCAUGUUGAACUACCGUCUGGACCCUGUCAAGACAAACGCCGCCGCUUUUCUCCAGCAUCUCACAUUCAAAAAUGACAAGGUUAAGUCGGAGGUGCGUCGCCUGAAAGGCAUCCCAGCCUUGGUGUCAAUGCUGGACCACCCCAGCAAGGAGGUGCACCACUCAGCCUGUGGAGCGCUGAAGAACAUUUCAUACGGGAAAGACCAAGACAACAAGAUCGCCAUCAAGAACUGUGACGGAGUGCCUGCUCUUAUCAGGUUACUGAGAAAAACCCACGACCAGGACCUCACCGACACUAUCACAGGCACCUUGUGGAACCUCUCAUCCCACGACUCUGUAAAGAUGGAGAUUGUGGACCACGCCCUGCAUGCCCUCGCUGACGAGGUGGUUGUUCCUCGCUCCGGCUGGGAGCGAGGGAGCAAUGGAGGAGAGGAGAGCUGCAAACCACGCCAUCUGGAGUGGGAGACCGCCUUGACCAACACUGCUGGCUGCCUUAGGAAUGUGAGUUCAGAACGCAGCGAGGCCAGGCGAAAGCUGAGAGAAUGCACAGGACUGGUGGAUUCACUCAUGUACAUUGUGCAGUCACAGAUCAACCGCAAAGAUGUGGACAACAAGUUGGUUGAGAACUGUGUCUGCCUCCUGAGGAAUCUGUCUUAUCACGUUCACCGCGAAGUCCCCGGCUGCGAGCGAUACAUAGAGACCACACCCAUCAACCAGGGCCCGCCCCCCUCUAACAAAGGUGGCUGCUUCGGCUCUCGAAAGGGCAAAGAUGAGUGGUUUUCAAAAGGAAAGAGAGAUGGAGAUGACGGGAGUGCAGAUCAGGUCGACAUUCCAAAGAGGACAACACCUGCUAAAGGUUACGAGCUGUUGUUCCAACCAGAGGUGGUUCGUGUUUACACAUCGCUGCUCAGAGAGAGCAAGAACCCCUCAGUGCUGGAGGCUGCUGCUGGUGCAAUCCAGAACCUGUGUGCCGGCCGAUGGACUUAUGGACGGUAUAUCCGGGCCACAGUGCGUCUGGAGAAGGGUCUCCCCAUGAUGGCAGAGCUGCUGGCUCAUGGCAAUGACCGUGUGGUUCGGGCAAUGUCCGGAGCCUUGAGGAACCUCUCUAUUGACAACCGUAACUGCCAACUGCUCGGUUUGCAUGCAGUGCCUCACCUUGUGGCCAACCUGCCUGGAGGCCAGAGUCAAUCUGGGCGCGCUCUAUCAGAGGAGACGGUGGUGUCUGUACUGAGCACGCUUGCUGAGGUGCUAGGCAACAGCGUGGAGGCAGCAAAGACUCUAAGAGCCUCGCAGGGCAUCGAGAGGCUGGUGCUCAUCAACAAGGACGGCAAGCGCUCAGAGCGUGAGGUGCGGGGGGCGGGCCAGGUGCUGCAGCUGGUCUGGGCCCACAAAGAGCUGCGCAAGCCUCUUGAGAAAGACGGCUGGAAGAAGACAGAUUUCAUGGUCAACCUGAACAACACCAACGGCCCGAGCACCCGAGCCAACGGCACCCACGAAGACAGCACCACGCCACUGCUAGACAGAGGGGAAAAGAGGGACAUGAUUCCACUAAACGACCUUGGCCCUGAGGCCUACUCUACACUGGAUCAGAGGGAGAGGAGACACACUCUGGAUGAAACCAUAGACACUUUACCGCGAGGGGUGUAUGGGGGCAGAAAGGGCUCCUUGCCCCUGUUGGACUCCUACGAUGGUUAGCCCCCCCUCCCCCCUCCCCUCUACCCCCCUCUGCAUGUAACAGCAUGAAAAACUGAUAGUGUGCAUCACCCAGACUGGGCCGUCCCUGCCCUACCACUGCUACUGAGGAGAGAAGAUCCCGAUGCACAGACUCUCUCUCCCUCUCGUCUCUCCUUCCCUUUUCUCCUUUCUCUCUCCCUCUCUAUCACCACACCGAUGGGAUUACAAGAUGAGGGUUGGCAUCCAAAGAAAGUGGCCGUGUUGCAGGCAAAACAUGCAACACACACACACGUACAGAUACAUACACACCUACUUUUUACAAGUUCAUUCAAUUGUAGCAGCAUAAAAAUAAAUUCAGUUUCUAAAUUAUAACUUUUCUGUAAAGGCAAUCACCUUUGUUGACAAUCAUUUAAUUCUGGUGUUGUCAUUCUGCUUGUUUUUUUUUUUGGUUUGUUUGUUUUUUCUUGCUAUUGUCAACGUUUCGGUAAAUUUUGUCAUGCCAACGCUCGCAUCCUGAUGAUGAAUUUGUAUGUAGACUUCUAUGUAGGGUAUAUACUGUAUAUAAAAAGAAAAUGGGGAUGACUGCAUUAGUUUUGGCUCAUUAAUUUAAAUCGUCCCUUUACUGGGAUUGCUGGGAGGUUUGGGACGGGGCCGACACACCGACGGCCGCCAUGUAGAUUGAGAAUGUUGUUUAUAUAGGAGUUAUUUUCCUGUCUAGAGUUAUUUUCUCUCGGUUGGGACGAGCGCGGGUGUAGACAAGCAAAGGGCAGGUGUGUGUAUAUUUGUCAUACAAUAAGCCUGUGGCCGUGUGUGUGUGGCUGUGUGUGUGUGUGUGUGUGUGCGCGCGCGCGUGUGCGUGGAAAAUGGACCUUGGAGUGAGUGAGCUUUGAGUGUGUGUGUGCACGGAUCAGAUCAUAAGACCACACGUUGAUUAUUUCAUCAGUUCUAGUUCUCUGUUUUUAUAGUGUGCUCCGCCUCCUGUGACAAAUUUUUGUUUUGUUUUGUUAGCUUUUACGGACCAACCGCCUCUUUUUAAGUUUUACACCUUAAUUUACAAACUUUUCUUUUUCGUCCUCCCGAGUGACAAAUUACGACAGAGUAUUAGUGCUGCAUUGAAAAAAAAAAAAAAAAAAACACCUUUUGAUUACGAGAAUAAAUGCAUAAUUUAAUUUUAAAAAGAUAUACUUUUUAGAGGAAAAGUUGUAAAAUAAUGAGAAAAACAAUAAUAUUGAAAAGAAGUCGUAAUAUUAUCAGAAUAAAGUCAUAAUUUUACGAGGAAUACAACAUAAUUUAAAUUUUUAAAAAUUAUGAGAAGAGAAACUUGCAUAUUAGGGCCCAAAAAAAUCAGGUAAAAUGGUAUGAAUAGCAACAAAUUCCAAGAUAAAUGUCAAUUUUAGAAGAUGAUUGGUUAAUGCACGCAACUUAACGCUGGAUAGUGGGGGUUGAGUCUCAUGUCAGUCUAAGUUUUUGUUUUAUUUUUUAUUCUUAGGCACCACUUUGUUGCUUUUUAUACCACGUCAGCUGACUUUCCAGCCUUAAAUUGCUUUUUUCUCAUAAAUUUACAGCUUUAUUGUCAUAAUAUGACAACUUUUUUUCUUGAAAUAGUAUGACUUUAUUCUUAUUCAAUUACAGCUUAAUUCUUGAAAUACUGACUUUAAUCUUAAUUUUUUUUUUAGUAAAUUUUAGCUGCUGUGUUUUUACUCUGUCUGGAAUAAGCCAACAACACUAGUACAACUACUAAAACUUGGCAGUGAAAUAUAUUUAUGAAGCCAGGAGUAUCAUACAACACUAAACCACUAAAAUAUUUCCUGCUUCAGAAACCACUCCUGACUCCACAGUAAAAGAUUAACUCUAUAGAAACUGUUCUUCAUUUAGAAAGUAACAAACACUUUAGGAGGGUCUCUUUGACAUAAUUAUCUCCUCUUUUAAUCUUAAAAAAAUUACUACUUGCUGUUUGUUUUUGCAAUAUAAUCACUCAUAUUGUCGUCUUGUAGAUUUACCAAAAAACACUUUAAUAUUUGUGGCUCCUUCACUCAGAGGAAACUCAACAGAUUUGGGAGAGAUGCUGACAUUUUAAAUUUUCUAGGUGGACAAAAAGCACAUUUUGGUCCGUUUUCCAUCUGUUUUUACCAUUUUUUUGUUGUAUUUUUUCCAUUUUGUGUCAGGUUUGUUUGUAUUUUAUUUCGGGUUUGUAUGUAUGGGAGCGGUGGGUGAGAUCAUUAUGCAAUUUGUUCAACUUUUUAGUCCUCAGUUUUACCCCUGAGUUAUUUUAAGGCAAAAGAGACCAAUCAUCUUUGUUUUUGUUUUUUUAACUCUCCACACAGUAUAUUUGUAAUGUUGCCUAUCCAUGUAAAAUUAUGAUGUACCAUUCAUACCUGCCUUGGCUCUGAGAAGUUGCUUUUUUCAGUAAAGUAUGUAACUGGUAAUACUGUUGUUUUUAUAAAUAAAGACCUUUUCUUAGACAA